AUGCUACAGGCCAUCGCUAUGGCGCAGACGCGCGUUUGGUGUGAGAGCUACAUCUUCGACAACAGCUACGUAGCCGAGACCUUUUUCACGGCCCUCCGCGAUGCAGCACUUCGGGGCUUGGAUGUGGUUCUCCUGGUGGACUACAUUGGCUCCUUCUCGUUGAGAAAUGACUGGGUGAGGGAGCUGCGGCGGGUUGGUGCUGACGUGGUCUUCUUCAACCCGGUCCUUCCAUCAAGCUACUGUGUGGGGCCUCUUUCCUUCCGGGACCACCGCAAGAUCAUGGUCUGCGAUGAGCUGGGCUUCUGUGGCGGGAUGAAUAUACAGGAGGAAGUGGGUGAGGCAGAGUUCGGCACGAGCCGCUUUUACGAUGUGCACGCGAAGCUUGAAGGACCAUGCGUUGCAGAUCUGGCAGAGGUCUUCAGAGAUUCCUUGCAUGAAGCUGGGGGCCGCGUGAUGCGGAAUUCCAUCGAGCCGCCUCCCAGGAAGGAACCUGGGGUCUAUGUCCAGAUCCUACAGUCAAACGUGCGGCAGCGCCGCCGCACUUUGCAAAAGGUCAUUGAGAAAAGCAUUGAUGCAGCAGACGAGUCAGUGCUGCUUACCACAGCUUACUUCUUUCCACCUGGUUUCCUCAAAACAGCACUCCUGCGCGUGCCGGCGCGCGGCGCGCGGCUGUCGCUACUUUUGUCAGGGUCCUCGGACUUCUAUCCACUACCAGGCGAUCUACUGGCACAGACACACUUCUUGCGCAAUUUUCUGCGAGAUAGCCCCAGUCAUCAAGUCAAAGUGCACUUGUAUGGCCACCGGCACAUGCAUGCAAAGCACAUGUGUGUGGAUGGGGUCUUCUCCACGAUCGGCUCUUUCAAUUUCGAUCUCUACUCUGCACGUCGGAACUUAGAGGUCGGUGUGGCCGUCUUUGACCGGGACUUUGCAAGAACCAUGCAGAACCUGCAUUUGAAGCGGGCUGCGGAGUCCCGGCAAACUUCGUACAGUGACUCCAUGUAUCACCAGCCCUUGGUGCGUUUAGCCUGUGCAGUGGCUUUCAGUCUCGUCCGCCUAUCUGGCAGGAAUGUUUUCGAUGGCCUGGACUGCUUUCAGAGAAAAUGGCUUGUGCGCAAGGCGUCUCUGACAUUCUUACUGGAGGAGCAGUGCCGUCCCCAGCAUGGGAAGGGGAAUUCCUGGAAGUACCUGGAUGAACAGGGUGGGCAGGUUGAGCCUGAGUCUGCACCACAGGAGCCGCCAUUUGAGACUGCCCGCCAGAAGCAUGUGGAACUCCUCGUCGUAGUUCUUGCUGUCCUGCUGCACAGCUUCUGCUUGUCCUUCCAGGGCCACAACCCUGAGGUGCGCCCUCGCCUUCUCCAGCUCUUCCACGGCCGUCUCGGAAAGUUCUUCUCUUGUGGCUUUCCUUUGCCACCUCCCUUGGAGCGGUGCCGUGGUGAGCAGCCAACAAAGCAAGAUCAGGGGACUUAUGAAUCCCUUGCCGCACGCGCCUUCGUGCUGAAGAGCGCUUCUGACGCAGUCUCCUAUGCCAAGGAGGACGUGAAGUGCAGCGACCGUGGUGAAGGGAUGCCAUCUGGCAUCAGCUUUGGUAAUUCGUUCAUCCACUUGGGAAAUUUUCGGUUUGGUGCCACCGGCGGGCUUCUUCUGUUGACUCAUAACAAUGGUCGGACGGUUCAGCUCUGGAAACAUGAUGGCCACCAGCUUACUAAUCACAACCGGCACACUCCAUCAGUGAAUGGUCGACCGCCUUCUGCCUGGACAUGCCCGGACAUUGCCGAGCUAGCCUAUGGAGCCUGCAAUCCCAACUUCGGGUCGUGGGGCGAUCGCUUUAUCCAGCUUGGUGAUUGGCGCAUAGCAGCUUUUGGGGAUCACCUCAGCUUUUCCCACAAGAAUGGGCAAACUGCAGUUAUCUUCCGCGGACGAGAUGGAACUGUGCAUAAUGGCCCAAGAACUGAUUACAACUCCUGGAACAGGCCGUUGGGGUUUCCUCAUGGGAUCACCUUUGGUCCUGGAUUCAUCCAAAUUGGCGAAUUUCGUCUGGGAGCGUUUGAUGAUGACCACUUCAGCGUUGGUCACCAGAACGGAUUGACCGUAAUGACCAUGAGGUCAGAUGGCACAGAGUGGUAUGCAGUUGACUUUAACAACUGGAAAAGAAGCGCCGGGCCAGCCGGCGGCAUCACGUUCGGGGAUGAAUUCAUACAGUUUGGCAAGUUCCGGCUGGGGACGAUCACCAGUCCAUACCUUAUUCUCACACACAGCAACGGGAAGUCCAUGAUAGCCUACCAAAGCGACGGCUCGCAGCACCCAGACAUCUUUCACAGCUGGGCGCCAAGGGUCAACCACCGGUAUGCUCAGUGGCACUGCGGUAGCAUCCAGGACAUCUUGGGCUCAUGCCCUGGCAUCACUGCAGGGGACAAUUUCUUGCAGCUGGGUGACUGGCGGCUUGCAGACAUGGAUGGCACGCACUUCUCGGUGUCCCAUCAAGGUGGUCAGACACCUGUGAUCUACAAGAACGAUGGGACCACCCAUGGAGGGCCUCGCACAGACUUCAACAGUUGGUUCCGCGAGUCCAAGCUCAGCAGCCAUCCGUUGCGUUUGGGAGAUCGCUUUAUCCAGUUCGGCAGCUUCCGCAUGGGUGAAGUGGAUGAGGCGCAUUUCAGCAUUUCUCACCAAAAUGGCAAGACGAUUCAGAUCUUCCGCAAAGAUGGGCAUGUGUUUCCAGGGCCCCGGUCUGACUGGGGCCUGUGGGGUCGCCCUCUUCUCGAUGUAACCAUGGGCGUUACAUUUGGUGAUCGCUUCGUCCAGAUGGGCAACUUCAGAGUUGGAGACGUUGACAGCAGGCAUUUUAGCGUGACCCAUGUGCGUGGCAAGACAAUGAGGAUUUUCAGGGAGGAUGGACAUGUCUUCAAUGGCCCUCGCAGCGAUUACACGACCUUCGGUCGUAAGCUGCAAGACUGCCACAUAAACUAA